UCCUCCUCCGCCGAGCGGGGCCGCGGCCGCGCCCGGGCGCGCCGGGGAGCGGGAGCGGGGCUGCUGCACCACAGGAGGAGCCGGCCCAGGAAGAAAAUGAAAAUAUUUUCUGAGUCUCAUAAAACUGUUUUCGUGGUGGAUCACUGCCCCUACAUGGCAGAAUCAUGCAGGCAACACGUUGAAUUCGACAUGCUGGUGAAGAACAGGACCCAGGGAAUUAUCCCUCUGGCACCCAUCUCCAAGUCCCUAUGGACCUGCUCCGUGGAAUCAUCCAUGGAAUACUGUAGAAUAAUGUAUGAUAUCUUCCCUUUCAAGAAACUGGUGAACUUCAUUGUGAGUGAUUCUGGGGCUCAUGUCUUGAAUUCUUGGACUCAAGAAGAUCAGAACUUGCAGGAGCUGAUGGCAGCCCUGGCAGCUGUGGGGCCCCCAAACCCCCGGGCAGACCCCGAGUGCUGCAGCAUCCUGCACGGGCUGGUGGCGGCGGUGGAGGCCCUGUGCAAGAUCACCGAGUACCAGCACGAGGCCCGCACCAGCCUCCUGGAGAACGCCGAGCGCGUGGGCAACCGGGGCAGGAUCAUCUGCAUCACCAACGCCAAGAGUGAUAGCCACGUUCGGAUGCUGGAGGAUUGUGUUCAGGAGACCAUCCAUGAGCACAACAAGCUGGCAGCCAACUCUGACCAUCUAAUGCAGAUUCAGAAGUGUGAGCUGGUGUUGAUCCACACCUACCCCGUUGGAGAAGACAGCCUGGUUUCAGAUCGCCCUAAAAAAGAGCUCUCACCUGUCCUGACCAGUGAGGUGCACAGUGUCCGUGCAGGGAGGCAUUUGGCCACGAAACUGAAUCUUUUAGUGCAACAACACUUUGAUUUGGCUUCAACCACCAUCACAAACAUCCCCAUGAAGCCCACAUUCAAUGUCUGUGACCAGGAAGAACAACAUGCUAACACAUCAGCCAACUAUGAUGUGGAGCUGCUUCAUCACAAAGAGGCACACGUUGACUUUUUAAAGAGUGGUGAUAAUCACGUGGGUGGCAACAGCAGGGAAGGCACUUUUAAAGAAACUGUGACGUUGAAGUGGUGCACCCCUCGGACAAACAGCGUGGAGCUGCACUAUUGCACUGGAGCAUACAGAAUUUCACCAGUAGAUGUAAAUAGCAGACCUUCCUCAUGCCUUACAAACUUCCUCCUCAAUGGUCGCUCGGUUUUGUUGGAACAGCCCCGCAAGUCUGGCUCCAAAGUCAUCAGCCACAUGCUCAGCAGCCACGGGGGGGAAAUCUUUUUGCAUGUUUUAAGCAGCUCCAGGUCAAUUCUGGAAGAUCCCCCAUCAAUUAGUGAAGGGUGUGGUGGAAGAGUCACUGACUACAGGAUUACAGAUUUUGGUGAAUUUAUGAGGGAAAACCGAUUAACUCCUUUUCUAGAGCCCAGAUAUAAGAUGGAUGGAAGUCUUGAAAUUCCAUUGGAACGUGCAAAAGAUCAGUUAGAGAAACACACUCGUUACUGGCCUAUGAUUAUUUCUCAGACCACCAUCUUCAACAUGCAGGCUGUGGUGCCAUUGGCCAGCGUGAUUGUAAAGGAGGCAAUGACUGAUGAGGAUGUUCUGAACUGUCAAAAAACAAUUUACAAUUUGGUUGACAUGGAGAGGAAAAAUGACCCACUGCCCAUUUCAACAGUUGGAACCAGAGGAAAGGGGCCAAAAAGGGAUGAGCAGUACCGGAUCAUGUGGAACGAGCUGGAGACCCUGGUCCGAGCGCACAUCAACAACUCUGACAAGCACCAGCGGGUCCUGGAGUGCCUGCUGGCCUGCAGGAGCAAACCCCCCGAGGAGGAGGAGCGCAAGAAAAGGGGCAGGAAGAGGGAAGACAAGGAAGAUAAGUCAGAAAAGCUGGGAAAAGACUACGAGUCGGACAAGCCGUGGCAGGAAUCGGAGAGGUUAAAAGGUCUUUUGGAUCGGGAGAAAGAAGAGCUGGCAGAAGCUGAGGUUAUCAAAGAUUCCCCUGAUUCUCCUGAGCCCCCCAACAAAAAACCUCUGAUUACAAUGGAUGAAAUGCCCACAGUUGAAAAGGCAAAAGGGCCAAUGUCCUUGCUGUCCUUAUGGAGCAACAGAAUCAACACUGCCAACUCCAGGAAACACCAGGAAUUUAUUGGUCGUUUGAACUCUGUCAACAACAAAGCUGAGCUGUACCAACACCUGAAAGAGGAAAACGGAAUGGAAACGACGGAAAACGGAAAAACGGGCCGGCAGUGAUGGCUUCAUUCCGUCCCUCUGGACAAAAAACCUGGCCAAACCCCAGAAAUAUUUAAUGCUGGAAUUGCUCUUGGUACUGUUUCAAUACACUUGUAUAGCUCUGGUUUGGAUUGGUUUUUACAUUUUUUUCUAUUCCUAUUUUUGCUAUGAGAGAACGAAAUCCGCGUAUCACGUGUGCAAACAGGAGCUUGUCCCUCAGUGUUCCCACUCGUGCUUUGGGAUGAAGAAAACCCCUGCUCCCGUGGACUAAAUCAAGGAAUCCAAAACGUUAGUCAGCUUAAAAGUCCUUUCCCGGAAGUACUGGGUAAUAUUUCCAAAUCAGUGAUUGUUU